CGGUGCUCGGCGUACUCGCUGGGAACUGACUAGAGGAACGGAAAAUGGCGGAUCUCGAAGACGUUACGCUGGACGGGAGACCGCUCCAGUCGCUCCGCGUAGCAGACCUUAAAGCGGCUCUGGAGGAGCGGGGGCUGUCGAAAAGCGGACAAAAGAAUGCUCUCGUCAAAAGACUUAAAGGGGCUCUCAUGCUGGAGAAUUUGCAGAAAACCUCUACUCCACAUGUUGGACUGCAGCCUAACUCUCAGAUUGGUGAGGAAAUGAGCCAGAACAGUUUUAUCAAACAGUAUCUGGCCAAGCAGCAAGAGCUCCUGAGGCAGCGUCUUGAGAGAGAGGCCCGUGAAGCACAUGAUACAAAUGAGCAAGAGGUCCACACACAGGUUAACAACAGUACGCCAUGCCCUCCUCCUGCACAGGAAGUCACACCAGCAGGGCAGCACAGACCACCUGGGUCCUCAGAUGGAGAGGGAUUCUUUGGUUCAGUUAAUUCAGGACAGGGAAACAGGAGUCAGGAGGCAGAUGUGUCCAGUCCCCCUGCUUCUGGCUCUAAGGCCAUGCGAGCUCCUGCCUCAGAGCAGAGGUCAGAACGAGGUUCGGCUUCCGGUGAAGUUGCAGGCGAAAGCGAUGAUGAUGACAGUGAGGAAGAUGGCGAUGAUGAUGAAGACUGGGGAAACAGGGCUCCAAGAAGAAGCCUCAGAGAACCAGCCAGAGUACCCGCAGCACGGUCUGGUGCAGCAAGGUCUGGUCCAGCACGUUCCGGUCCGGCACGGUCUGGUGCAGCACGUCAUCCACAACCUCAGCAGCAGCACAUUCCUUCCCUUUUGUCACCUCAGCUCCGCCAACCAACACCACCUCCAUCCCCACCUCCAGAAUUAUCAUUUCCCUUACCUGACACCCCAAAGCAGAGCCCACCUAGUCCCCCUGUUGCCAGGCACUCGCCAAGCUCUUCCAGCUCUGGCUCCUCCAGCAGCGGCAGCCGCAGUAGCAGCCCAGAGCCACAGAGAAGUGGCCAUGCUGACCGUAAGCCAGGUCCUCUUACCCUUCUGGCACGUAAAAUGGAGUCUGAGGGUGCCUUUUCUGGAAGUUGGCACGGUGCGGAUGGUAAAGGUGAUGGGCAAGAUGGCGGUUCACCCUCACUUAUGGCGUUUCCUGGCAAAGGGCCACCAGAUGGUCUAGGGUCUGCCAGUAUAAUUCCAGGCACACAUUCAGCCCACAUCCAAAAAUCUGGGAGAGCACGCAAAACAGCUGCAGCCCAGGAAAGAGAGAGGGAAAGGGUGAUGGAGCUGGAAAGACAAAAGGCACUUGAGCUGGAGAGGCAAGAACAGGAGAUGAUUGAGCAACAGUUGGCUUUAGAGAGAGAAGAGAGAGAAAGGGUCUUGCAGCGAGAGCUUGCUCUUGAAAAAGAGAGACAGGAGCGGGAGGAGGCUUUGGCUAAAGAGAGGGAGGAGCAAGAGAGGGCGAUAGAGAUGGAAAGGCAGAGAGAGCUUGAGAGACGUAGAGCUUUGGAAGAACGUCUGCAGAGAGAGAGGGAGGAGAAGGAAAAGCGUGAACGAGAGGAGAUUGAGAAGGCCUUAGAGCUAGAAAGAGCCAAGGAGAAAGAACGGAUAGAGAAAGAACGGGCUCUUCAGCAAGAGAGGUUGGAGAGAGAGCGGGUGUUGGAAGCCAAGAGAAAGGAGAAGGAAAGGCUUGAGAGAGAGAAAGCUCUUGAGCAGGAACGAUUGGAAAAGGAAAGGAUAGAGAGGCAGAAGGCACUGGAGCAGGAACGAUUGGAAAAGGAAAGGAUAGAGAGAGAGAAAGCUCUUGAGCAAGAAAGAAUGGAAAAGGAACGUAUUGAGAGGGAGAAAGCUCUUGAGAAGGAAAGAUUAGAAAAGGAAAAGAGAGAGCGAGAGAAAGCACUGGAGCAGGAACGAUUGGAAAAGGAAAGGAUACAGAGAGAGAAAGCUCUUGAGCAGGAACGAUUAGAAAAGGAAAGGAUUGAGAGAGAGAAAGCUCUUGAGAAGGAAAGAUUAGAAAAGGAAAGGAUAGAGAGAGAGAAAGCCCUUGAACAGGAAAGGUUGGAAAAGGAAAGGAUAGAGAGAGAGAAAGCACUGGAGCAGGAACGAUUAGAAAAGGAAAGGAUAGAGAGAGAGAAAGCACUGGAGCAGGAACGAUUAGAAAAGGAAAGGAUAGAGAGAGAGAAAGCUCUUGAACAGGAGAGGUUGGAAAAGGAAAGGAUUGAGAGAGAGAAAGUUCUUGAGCAGGAACGAUUAGAAAAGGAAAGGAUAGAGAGAGAGAAAGCACUGGAGCAGGAACGAUUAGAAAAGGAAAGGAUAGAGAGAGAGAAAGCUCUUGAACAGGAAAGGUUGGAAAAGGAAAGGAUUGAGAGAGAGAAAGUUCUUGAGCAGGAACGAUUAGAAAAGGAAAGGAUAGAGAAAGAGAAAGCUCUUGAACAGGAGAGGUUGGAAAAGGAAAGGAUUGAGAGAGAGAAAGUUCUUGAGCAGGAACGAUUAGAAAAGGAAAGGAUAGAGAAAGAGAAAGCUCUUGAACAGGAGAGGGUGGAAAAGGAAAGGAUUGAGAGAGAGAAAGUUCUUGAGCAUGAACGAUUGGAAAAGGAAAGGAUAGAGAGAGAGAAAGCUCUUGAGCAGGAACGUUUGGAAAAGGAAAGGAUAGAAAGGGAGAAAGCUCUUGAGCAAGAACGCUUUGAAAAGGAAAGGAUAGAGAGAGAGAAAGCUCUUGAGCAAGAAUGCUUGGAAAAGGAAAGAGUGGAGAGGGAGAAAGCUCUUAAACGAGAGAGAGAACAGGCUUUACAGAAAGAAAAAGUAGAAAAAGAGAGGGCUCUAGAGCAAGAAAUGCAGGACAAGGCAAUGGAACAAGAGAAAGAGAGAGGGGGUAGUGUUUCUCCUCCUAGAAGUGGCUCUAAGCUGGGUGUCAGUACCCAGGCUGCCCCAGAGCAGCAAAAUGUCCGUACUUCUUUGGCACAGACUGAAGCUCAACCAGCUAAGUCUAUUUCCACAACUGUCUCUCCACAAUCAUCAUUUAAGAAGUCUCGCCUUUUCAGGGACUCUCCAGUACGACCUCAGUCCGGUUCAACCUCGAUUGUUAUUAAGCGGCCUCGUACAUUUUCUGAUACCCCCCAGCCUCGAGCCCCUCUUGCCACCUUACCUACAAGCGCUGGGGAACGUCAGCCAGGAGAACACUUGCCAUCAACUGACCAAGAAGACGCACAAAUUCAUUCCAACCAAGAUGUUAGCACUGCACCCGUAGCAUCUACAAGGACUGGUUCUGACAGCCUGAACGCCAACCCAACUGCAGCUCACUCAGAUCCUAAAGAAGAAAGGCCCAUGAUGGCGAGAGAAGAGGCUACAUUGCCAAAGACUGCAGAGCCUGUUGAGGCAGAAGAUCAAAGCAUAGAUUCUUCAAUCCCUGAAGGAAAGCAGGACAGAGAAGCAAAUAAAGAAGGAAAAAAAGUACGACGGAGAUCUUUAUCGGAUGAUUCCUCUUCCUCAGAUUCUGAUUCCUCAUCAUCACGGUCAUCUGGUUCAUCGUCAUCUUCUCAAGACCAACCAGUCUCCACCUCAAGGAGUAGACCGGCGGAGAAAGAUGAAAGAGGUUUAUCAGGACUACCUGUGGAGGCUACAGAGUCUCAGUCUGAGAAUUCAGAAGCAAGCCCCAAAGCCUGCCUUAAUAAAAAAGAACUGCCUGUUGACAGAAUGAAUACUGCAGAUGGAGAUGUUCACACUAUGAAACAAGCGGCUGAGGAAACAAGAAAAGAGGAAGCAAACAGGAAGAGAAAACACAGCGAGAAAGAAGAAGAAAAAGAACCCGAGGGGCAGGAGACAGAGGCUCCCACUACAGAUCCAGAGAAGCAUUCAGAGUCCAGUGAGGAGAUACCAAAGGCUUUCUCCUCACGAAAGAUCUCUCUUAGCAGCAGUAAGCCGUCACCAGGCAGCACGGAGGCCGAGCACGAGUCUGGGGCCGGGGCAGGUCGCAAGAGGAGGUGGGGCUCCAGCACAGCCGUCACUGCCAAAAAACCCUCCAUUAGUAUCACCACCGAGUCACUCAAGUCCCUGAUUCCUGACAUCAGGCCGCCUGUCGGCCAGGAUGCUGUUGUAGAUCUUCAUCUUGAGGAAGCUGUUCUGUCCGGUACCGAGGAGGAAGAGCGGGAGCGCUCUGACCAGGACCUUCAGAUCCGACGCACCGUCACACAGGUGGUGCCUGCUGAAAGCCAAGAAAAUGGCCAAAAAGAAGCAAAGAGAAUAAGGCGGGAAGACUUUGAGGAAGAUGAUUCUCAGGUAGAAGGGGGAAGUAUCACAGCCCAUGAGGAGCAGAUGGACACCUCUCUCCCAGCAGCUGUAGAAACUCAGUCACCAACACUACCAAGCCAAGAUACCGAAAACAACACUGUGACACCCAGCGACACCCUCAUUCGACGCUCCAUCAGCCAGCAGAAAACAGGUGUCUCCAUCACUAUCGAUGACCCUGUCCGCACAGCGACGCAGCCAUCACCACCGCGAGGCCAAGCCUCCAACAUUGUUCACAUCUGGAACCUGGUAAGGCCGUUCACACUGGGACAGCUGAAGGAACUGCUAAGCAGAACUGGCACCCUGGUGGAGGAUGGCUUCUGGAUAAAUAAAAUCAAAUCCCACUGCUAUGUUACUUACUCUACUAUUGAAGAGGCAGUCGCUACACAGGCAGCUCUUCACGGAGUGAAAUGGCCUCAGAGCAACCCAAAGUUUCUUAGAGUAGACUUCUGCCAGCAGGAGGAGUUGGACCACCAGAGAAACCCCUCGAUGGCCGUGGACAGACCUGGAGGAGAGGACACAGGACCUGCCCCAGUGCGUGGACGAACAUCAGGUCCGCCGCCUCUCCUCCCCGAGCGGGACCAGUGGGCCGAGCGCGAGCGUGAGAUGGAGCGCAGGGAGCGCGCCCGAGCAGAGCGGGAGUGGGAUCGAGAUAAGGUUAACGAGUUUGGGAAAACCGAAGGUGAGAAGGAGGGAGGCUCACGAAGGUCACAAUCCAGAGAGAGACGGCGAAAGGAGAGGGCAAAGAGCAAGGAGAAGAAGAUGGAAAAGAAAGCCGAAGAUCCCCCCGCAAAGCUGCUGGAUGACCUGUUCCGCAAAACUAAAGCCGUUCCCUGCAUUUACUGGCUUCCUCUCACAGAGGAACAGUUUGUGCAGCGAGAAGCUGCCCGAGCAAAAGAGACGAAAGAGCGCGAGGAGCGGAGGAAAGAACGCGAGAAGAGAAGAAAACAGGAAGAAGAGGAGGAGGAGAAGAAAAGGGAGGAGGAGCGCAAGGAGAGAACGAAAGCAGCCGCCGCCUCGGCAGAAAACCGGAGUGAGGGUGAGAAGGACAAGGGCCGGGAGAGGGACAGAGACCGGGGUAGAGACAGGGAAAGGGACAGAGACAGGAACAGGGAGAACGACAAACGCAGGGAAGGGUACCGUAGGCCAGGGGGCAGCGGAGCGGGAUCCAGCCGGCGCUCCCGCAGCCGGAGCGAACCAAGAGAAAGGAGGCGCUGAUGGAACUGUCAUGGAGUCCAUCCUCCUGCAUUUUGCCUUUCACUACAUGUACUUUGUUACAACAAAGACCCAACAGAGGACCAACUGAUGUCAUUUCCAUCUCUCAUAAAGGCCCCUACCCCUUAUUUUUUAAAGCACAUCUGUGCCCACCGUAUUGCGUACGGAGAACACGAUGAUUGCAGUGUUGUUUUCCAGAGUGUCCCAGCCAUUUUCUUCAUGCCUUUUCCCGUCUUCUCUUUCAGUUUUUGUUCUGAUUGCGUAGCAGAAAGGCACACUGGACAGUUUAAAACUACUACAAAAUCCACUUUCUCUUCAAAGUGUAGAUGCUGAUCAUAAUUUUUAGCAGUGGUUGACUCCUCUGGGAGGUGAGCAUCCUGCGAUGUGCUGAGAACCUCUUUUGUUGCUGCAUGUAGUACUAAGCUACUUCUGCCAGUCCUGCCUAAAGAGAAAAUUUAUUUGUCUGCGCAGAGGCUUGCAGGAAUAAAAAAAAAAAUAUAGAAAUCCAUGUUUGGCAUUUUGUACAGACUUAAAAUAUCUGCAAAAUCAAGUCUUUAAAUGAGGCAGCUCUGGAUUAUUUUUCACUUAUUGUAAAAACUACUAAGACAAUGCAGUGUUCCUGUUUCUCUGUUAAGAGAUGAGAAAGUUCUCUGUGGGAGAGAAUAUGUCACAACUAACUCGAGUUUUCAUUUUGUCCUUGUUGAUCCUGCUUUCAUCUUUCUCUCCUCAAUCCGGUUCUCUUAACCUGACCUGUCAACACAGGUCCCCCCCACCCCACCCACCCACCCACCAGAGAGGAGAGUGCAUUAUACGUUUCCCACCAAUGGUUUUAAUUUUGUUUUUUAAAUCGUUAUUUUAUCAUUUUAGUACAAAGAUUUCAUUUUGUUUUUAAUUCUUUAAGUACGCCUAUCAGUGGUGAAUGUACAAAUAAUAAAAAAAACAUUGAAA